AUGGACAAGCGGUUCCACCUCGUUCUGCCUCAUAGCAAACUAAAAUUACCUGCAACCAAGAUCGACGCUUCAGAGGACAAAAAGACGAAAUUGUCGGAAGUGGCAGGAAAGCACAGCACUUGUCCCUCGGGCAAGAAGGGAGGAGACCUGGGCAUGUUUGGACGUGGCGAGAUGGUGCCGCAGUUUGACAAGAUGGUGUUCGAAGGAGAAGUGGGCAAGCUCGCCAAGGUGCAGACUCAGUUCGGGUGGUAUGUACUGCUCUGCACGGAGCGUCUAGGAGAUAAGAAGUCCAAGUAA